AUGGCUGCCCCGGCGUCAGCAGAUAAACCAUCCAUCGACUCCAUCAUUCGCAAUCGACAUUCAACAAGAUCUUUCAGACCCGACCCCGUCCCAAGAACACUCUUGCAGGAAUGCCUCCUCCUCGCCCAGCGAGGCGCCGCCUCAAACUCCAACAUCCAAAACUGGCGUCUGACGCUCGCCACAGGCCCAGCACGAGAACGCAUUGUGAAAGCAUUGGUCCACGCAUCUCAGACCUCCAUACCUCUGGCACAUCCUCUGCCGGCGCAGUUCAGGCACCAUCGUGACAAUCUCGUUCAACAGCUUUACGGUGCACAGGGAUACGACGUCAUGGGUGAAGAGAAGAGAGAUGCCAGGCAAGAAGCCCGAAUGAAGAAUUACUCGUUCUUCGGAGCCCCGGUCGUGGGAGUUAUUAGUAUGGACGAGGAAUUGAAAGAAGUCGAUGCACUGGCCGUGGGACUGUUCAUCCAAAAUUUCAUCUUGCUGCUAAGUGCGAGAAGUUUGGGGAGUUGUUUACAGGUUAGCGUUACUAGUUAUCCGGAAGUUUUGAGGAGGGAGUUCAACCUGCCGGAUGGGAGGAAGAUUUUGUGUGGGAUUGCUAUAGGGUGGCCUGGUGAGGAGAGGAUUAAUUCGGUUGUUAGUGAGAGGGAGGCGAUUGAGAGGCAGGUGGAGUUUUUGGAGGAGUGA